AUGGGCUACAGCACAGAAUCAAAAUGGUUUACAGCCACCAUAACCUUUGCGCUCGCAGCUCUCUCCGCCUCCACUGCCUUUUCUUUGUAUUUUUGGAAAAGAAAAUCGAGGGAUUUGGAUUCCAAGAUUGGAGAGCUCGAGAAAUCUCUCAAGGCCUCCUUAGACAAUUGUGCUGCUGAAAGGCAAGGCCGAAUUCGGGCUCAGCAGGCUUUGAGGAAAGCACUAACGCAACCUAAGUUGGAAAAUGUGGAGCUGACAUCUUACCCCAUGGCACCUAUUGGUGUCAUCCAGUCAUGCUUCUCUACCAGGAAUGGGACGCCCAGGCAACCUGUACUUGUGCCUCUCUCGAGGGCCUGUUUGAUCUUUAAUACAGCUCGUGUUCCUCCAGCAUCACUUGAGGGUCUUGGAGAAUAUUCUCACUGCUGGGUUAUAUAUGUUUUCCAUCAAAAUACAAAUCUAGAGAAACUUUGGAAAGAUCCAACUAAGUCAAAGUUCAAGGCCAAGGUAAGAGUGCCAACACUAAACGGUGAAAGGAAGGGACUCUUUGCAACAAGAUCUCCACACAGGCCAUCCCCCAUUGGACUCAGUGUUGCCAAGGUGGAGGCUGUACAAGGGCAUAUGCUUCUACUCUCUGGUGUGGAUUUGGUUGAUGGGACACCUGUACUCGAUGUCAAACCUUAUAUUCCCUACUGCGACAGCAUUCAAGGAGCAAGAGUGCCAAAGUGGUUAGCGGCGGACAGUAUAUUAGCAGUAGCUUCUGUUAGUUUCUCUGAGGUGUUCACUUCCACACUUGCUGAUUGCUGGGAAAUGGCAGGAAAUAAUUCACUCUAUGCUUCACCAGACGAGUUCCAAAACUUGAUAAAGCAGGUGCUUUCAUGGGAUAUUAGAUCAUUGGCUCAACGAAAUCGACCUCAUGAUUCCUUCAUUAACUCAGAAAAUGGUAAACAGUUGAAUGAUAGUUCAGACAAUGACCACGAUGAAGAAGCUUCGAGCCCUGGAAAUGAGCAGCCCCCAAGUUCUUCUGGGGACAUAAUGUAUCACCUAACCCUAGAAGGAUUGGAAGUUUCGUACAGACUCAAUUCUGACUUCAGUGUGGUUGUAGAGAAAGUAAAAGAAGUAUCAAACAUCACAAACAGUCGUCAAAAGCGAUGUAAUUACUCUAUGUGGAGGGUCUGA